AUGAGAGAUCAGUUUAUUGCUGGUCUAGUGUCAGAACAACUUCGUGUCAAACUAAUAGGAAAAGGACAUCGGCAUAGGGACGGGGAUCGAAGUAAAGUUUCUUUACGUGAAGUGGUCGAAAUUGCCAAGGCAUAUGAAGCAACGACAAUAACAAAUAAGUUGAUGAAAAAUGCUAGGGAAAGUCAACAAGAGCAAGUAAAUUAUUCAAAUAGCCAACGAAGGCAGCCGGUGAACCGUGACCGUCGUGAUUUCACAAUACCACAGCAAACAAUAACAAGAAUGUGCUCUUAUUGCGGUGUUCAACAUAAACAACCUCGACAGGAAUUUUGCCCAGCUUUUAGAAAGAGAUGUAACAAAUGUGGAGUGCUUGGACAUUUCGCAAGAGUUUGUACAAGUGAACGAAGUUAUCACAUGCUCGCGGAAAAAGCUAACCAAGUUCAAGAUGAAUUAAACGAAGAACUAUGA